AUGAUGUUCACCCAGGCCCUCGCCGGCGUCGCCGCCACCGUCCUCCUGGCCUUCACUCCGGUCACCAACGCCUUCGUGGACCCCUGCAACUACCAGGAGUACCGUUGCGGCUACAGCAUGAUGGAGCACUACGGAUACACCAUCGCCGAGCUGACCAGCGCCGUCAACGGGACUGUGACGAUCCCUCCCCUCAACGACGCGCAGCUCCUGAGGACCCUGUUCCGCUGCACCGACACCCUCGGCGGCAUCGCCGGUAACUCUUACUGCAUCGCCGGCUGCAUCAGCAUCAGCGGCAACUCGACCGGUACCGUCAACGACAUGUGCGCCAUUCUCCUUGACAUUUCAGAUCCUUUGCUUGAGAAUGGGGUCCGCAUCGCAGACGCGGCCGAUCGCAACCUCCUUGCUGCGCGGCCGGUCUUGGCGAACCGACGAACCCUGUUGCGGAAAGAAUGGAGACCCACGGGAAUAUUGGGCGAGAUCGCCAGGGAAGAAAGGGAUGUGUGGUGUGCUGUAGGAAAGGAGAACUGUGCCAUUGUUUCAAGUUGGAUCAGCAGCCCUCGAAGAAAUGCCGCUCCCGUUGACCUGCCUCCAGAGGAUUGGGAGGUCGUUCGUUUGUUUGACUGA